AUGGAAGACACAAAAUUUAUCCUUUCGAUUGAUGGUGGAGGUUUUCGAGGUUUAAUUCCUUCCAUUAUUCUCUCUGAAAUCGAAAAAAGAGUGACUAAUGAAAUAAAAAAAGAUCAUCCUAAUGCUGAUAUAAGAUGUGCUGAUUUAUUUGAUAUCAUAUCUGGAACUUCGACCGGCUCUAUUAUUGCUUUGGGUUUAUCAAUUCCUGAUGCUGCUGAAAAUGAUCGGCCUAAACUUGAUGCUCAAUACAUCGUGGAUUUUUAUAAAGAUCAUGGUUAUGAUGUCUUUCCUGAUUAUUCACCUAUUAUGUUUGUUGAUAAAUUAUUGUCGAAAACUGAUAAAUUAUUAACUGCUUAUGCUGAAAAAGAAACUGUUGAGAUUAAGGAGAGUAUUGAAAAUCUUACUGAGAAAGAAUUCAAGAAAGGAGGUUUGUUUAAAAGAUUUUUUAGCAUUUCUAGAAAAAAAACGAGUGUAACCGAGAGUAAAGUCGAUGGUAUAACUGUGAAUAAAGUCGAUAUUGUUACCAUGAAUAAAGUCGAUGUUGCAACCAUGAAUGAAGUAGAUGUUACAACUAUGAAUAAAGUUGAUGUUACAACCAUGAAUAAAGUCGAUGUUACAACUAUGAAUAAAGUUAAUAUCACACCUAAUAUUAAAGAUUCAACUAUGAGUGAAGCUGAUAAAGAAAAAGAAAAGGAAUAUUUUACCGAAGCAAUAAUGUAUUUAAAAGGGUUUGAAAAUGCUUAUAAUCCUUGGAAGCCGAAAUAUUUACCCAACAAAUUUGAAAAAUUGUUGCAAGAAACUUUCGAACAAACUAAACUCAAAGAUACUGUAAAUAACGUGACUGUAAUAGUUCCAUCUUAUAAUAUUACCAAUGGUGAAUAUACUUUUUUUACAAGUAAUAAUCCUGAACAUGAAAAUCUUUUCAUGAAAGAUGUUAUACGUGCAAGUGCUGCCGCUCCUAGCUAUUUUCCUGCAGGAAAAAUUGGAUCAAAUUAUUUCGUAGAUGGUGGUGUUUUUUCGAAUAAUCCAACUGUUAUGGCUUAUCUUGAAGCAAAGAGAAUGUUUCCAAACUCAAAAUUUGUUGUUGUUUCUCUCGGUACUGGUUACUACAAAGAACCUCUAGAAGCUUAUAAAGAUUCUGGUGUUAUUCAAUGGAUAAGACCAUUGAUUGAUCUUUUGUUUAAUUCAGAACUCGACAAUAAUGACAAUACUAUGAAACUUUUGGCUAAAAUUGACAGCACGACUUACCAUCGGAUUCAAUUGAAGUUGUCAAAGGACAACAGUUCUUUGGAUAAUGUUUCAGAAAAAGAAGUUUCUAAACUUACUAAAUUAGCUAACGAUAUUAUCAAUGAUCUUAACGAUACUUAUAAAUUUAAAGAUAUAAUUAAUUUACUUGUUGAUAAAUAUAGGAAAAAGAAUAUCAAAACCGCAAAAUAA